CUUAAAACUAGAGACCGAUAUAUUAAUAGCCUGAAAAAGAAGUGCCAGAAAGAGGCUGAGCAAAACAAAGAAAAACAAAGGCGAAUUGAAACCUUAGAAAAAUACCUGGCUGACCUUCCAACACUGGAUGAUAUAGAGGGCCAGACUAAACAGCUGCAAAUUCUAGAAGAGAAGAACAAGCAACUUCAAGAAACCAUGGCUGAGUUGGAAAAGAAGCUCGGAGAGGCCCGGUCGCAGUGCAGAGAGAGAGAAUUACAGCUGGCGUCUCAGAAGAAGAAAGAAAAAGAGCUGGUCACAACAGUGCAGAG